AAAUCAAAACACUAAGUAAAUUUGAUUAUUAAUAUAUUCUGAACUUGUUGUCAUAAAGGACUAUACUGCAUGCAAAGUUAUUUGUUUUUUAAACCACUUGAGGUGAUGUCUGUAGCUAAUUGCCCUCAUGACUUUGACUUAAGUCACAUGAUUUGCAUCAGGGUGCUGUAUGUAUUACCACAUGCUUUCACUUCUGCAUAGAUGCAUCAGUUUCUUCACUGCACAGACUUUUAGAUACACUUAUUAAUCUGUCCCGUUUGGAUUUAAGAUUGCUUCAUCUGCCUCCUGAUUUGAAUUUUUUAUACAUGCUCUACCUGCAAUGGCUCUGUUGAAAAAUAUCCUCAUCCUUAGUCAGCUUCUUCCAUUAGUGAGGAACAUAAAUAUCAUCUUUUUCCCAUGUGACACUGAUAAGAAUGCCACCACAGUAGACUGCUAUGACAGACCACUCAGGCAGGUCCCCUUCAUCAAGUCUACUACUGUAGUGUCACUCAAUUUAAGUCGGACUAAGAUACAACGAGUAGGGCAGGAUGCUUUCGUAGGUGUCCCAAACCUUCACACUCUGAAAAUAAUGGGGAACUGUCAACCAGGGCACCUGAGAGCCUUAGAAAACCGCUCAUGCAAAAUGCAGAUCCACUAUAAUGCCUUCAAGAGCCUACUGAAGCUUAUAUUCCUGCAUCUGUCAGGAAAUAGCCUGACAUCUAUACCCUGGUUACCUGAAACCCUGAAGGUUCUCGAUCUACAGAAUAAUCGCAUCGUCCACAUAACCAACCCUUUAAAAACUCCAAAUCUAGAAGAGCUCUUCCUCACCAAGAACUGCUUUUAUGCAAACCCUUGCAACCAGUCCUUUCACAUCAGUGAGGCGGUUUUCAGCGGGCUUCAUAAACUCAAAAACCUAACGUUAGGCUAUAAUAAUUUGACAGCUGUCCCUAAAGGACUGCCACCCUCGCUGGAGAGUCUGGAUUUAAGAGAGAAUACAAUCACAGAGGUCUUAGAAGGAGCAUUUGCCAACCUGAGUAAGCUCAAGUAUUUGAAUUUGGAGUGGAACUGCCAGCGUUGUGACCAUGCAGCGAGGCCCUGUUUUCCUUGCCCACAGAAUCUCCCUCUAUACCUCUAUCCAAACUCAUUCUAUGCUAAGAACAGCUCCAUCACCUACCUAAGCUUGAGGGGCAACUCUCUGAAAACAUUUCCAGAUGGCCUUUUCAGACCUUUGAAGAAUUUAGAGAGACUGGAUCUCUCCGACAACCUCCUGGCAUAUGCUAUACGGAAUGGCACCUUCUUCAGAGAGCUGCAGGGCCUCACUUGGAUCAGCCUUAUCUAUAACUAUGAACCACUGAAGACAUUUCAGGAACUGGUCCUCUCCCCACAUAUUGGUGAUAUAUCUGGUCUACAAUAUUUGCUUCUGAGUGGUAACUUUUUCCACAAGCUUUCAAAUCAGAGCCUUAGUGUUCUGUCCAAACUUACAAAUCUAAGGAAACUAGAACUGAGAAUGAAUUUCAUUAAUACUUGUAACUUGACAGCUCUGAAACAGUUACCAUCUCUCAUCGAUAUUGACCUCUCCCAAAACAUGCUUAAUUUCCUUCCAUGCUGCUCUAGUCCAUCAUCUGAGAUUGUGGCACAGAAAUGGGGUGAGAACCAGAACUUUUAUACACAUAAUUUCUGUGACCAACCCCUUAUUGUGAGAGAUCGAGAAGACACAUCUGGAAAUGAGAUCAUGGAAUCCAACCAAUCAAAUUUGCUGGAAAUGUUUGAGGGAUGUGCCUCACAAUAUCCAUCACUUUGGGACUUCAGAAUGCAUUUCUGCAAAAAUAAAUUAACAUUUGACCUGUCUCAAAAUGACAUUCUGUCUCUUAACACACACGUGUUUCUAGGCAUGGAAAAUGCUGUUUGUUUAGACCUUUCCUUCAAUUACAUGAGUCAGGCAUUAAAGACUGGGCAGUUUAAUGGUAUGAAAAAUUUGGUUUUUCUUAAUUUGUCAUACAAUAGGCUUGAUCUUUAUUAUAAAGCUGCUUUUAGUGAGCUUAAAAAUACUCUGAAGGUAUUAGAUGUUAGCAACAAUGAGUAUCACUUCAAAAUGAGGGGCAUGGGCCAUCGUUUUCAGUUCCUUCAAAAUCUGACCAACUUGGAAGUCCUAAGUCUUGCAAACAACGGCAUCGGGAUGAGAAUAGAUCAAAGGCUGAUCAGCAGCUCUUUGAAGUACCUUUACUUCUAUGGAAAUCAACUAAACGUUAUGUGGGAAUCUGAUAACAACAAGUACACACAUUUUUUCCAAAACCUGACAAACCUCAUCUACCUGGACAUCUCUAACAACGAUCUAAUGUCAAUCUCACCAGAAGUACUGUGUAACCUCCCAGGAAGCAUUAAGGCCCUCAGCAUCAGCAACAAUCUGCUGAACUAUUUCCCAUGGCAGAACAUCUCAGCACUCAGCAAUUUAUGUCACCUGGACCUCAGUCAAAAUUAUCUCUUUCAUUUGCCUGAUAAAGUCAUUGAAUUUGGAGCCCAUUUUUCUCUCUUGGACCUCAGUCACAAUCGCCUUAGUUUUAUUCCUGAGGAAUUCUUCAGAACUGCAAAAUCCUUGCAAUAUCUGUAUCUCAGCCACAAUCAGAUCAAAGAGUUGAACCAUCAGUAUCUCCCUGCCCCUUUUAAAAACAGUAGUGCCCUUCAAGAACUCACCCUGCAUGCAAACCCCUUUAAAUGUGAUUGCAAUACAUCUUGGUUUGCAGACUUCUUGCGUACUACUCCAGUGCAGAUUCCUUAUCUCACCACACGUAUACACUGUGAAUUCCCAGAGUCCCAGCAGGGCAAGAGUAUACUGUCUAUGGACCAGCGUUCGUGCCAAGACAUAUAUGGUAGCUUAGCUUUCCUCGUCUGUUCCUUCUUGGCUGUGACAUUCACUGUUCUGCCCCUACUGAAGCAUCUCUAUGGCUGGGACAUGUGGUAUUGCUUACAGGUUCUUUGGGCAGGACAUAAAGGCUAUUCCCAGUUGGCUGGUACUGAUUCACAUUGUCACUCUGAUGCUUUUGUGGUGUUUGACACCAGGAACCAGGCUGUGAGGGACUGGGUCUACAAUGAGUUAACUGUCAAUCUGGAGAACUCGGGUCACAGGAGAUUUUGUCUCUGUUUGGAAGAGAGGGACUGGAUUCCUGGGCUUUCAUGUAUAGAGAAUCUACACAAUGCUGUCUACAACAGCGUGAAGACGGUGUUUGUGCUGUCCAGUGGUUCUAAUGGUGGUGAGACAGUGAAUGGUGUGAUCCGGCAAGCUUUCUUCAUGGUUCAGCAGCGGCUUCUUGAUGAGAAGGUGGAUGCAGCUGUGCUGGUUCUGUUGGAUGAGAUGUUUCCCAAACUGAAGUACCUUCAGCUGAGGAAGAGGUUGUGCAGAAAGUCUGUUUUGUCUUGGCCAAGAAAUCCAAGGGCUCAACCCCUUUUCUGGAAUCGAAUGAGAACGGCGUUAUCGUCAGAUAACCUCAAAUUUUAUGACAACAACAUGAGUGAAAGUUUCAUAUGACUACAUUUUAACUGCUGAUAGAGAGCAUCAGCAAAAAGUCUUUCAUCUUCCCAUUACCUCAUUUUGACAAACGUUUACCCUCUGAUUAAUGAUGUCCCAUAUGUAAUGUUACUUGUCUGAU